GCAUUACUUAUUUUAAAAGUGAUGCGUAUUGAAAAAAUCGCAUUACUUAUUUCAAUUUUUAAUCCAAAAAAUUUUUUUUCGUUGCUUAGUAACUAUGCAAACUUCAAGCUCAUUAAAAAUUGCAGAGAUUCAUGCAUAAAAAUAUGCAAUUUUGUGUGCAGUAAUUUUUACAUAAUUUUUUUCUACGGAAGUCUCUGUUUUGGUGUUAAUAUAUAUUCAUUAUUGUGUUAUUGUGUUUGGGAUAAUUUGAAAAACUUAUUGUAAAAUGGCGAAGUGGUGUGUGGUACCGAAUUGCAAAACUAGCAGCAAAACCGUGCCGAAACGGUCCACAUUUCAAGUGCCGAAAGACAUUGUUACGUGGAAGAAGUGGGAAAAAGCUAUUCCGGGUAUUACAAAGUUGUAUCCGUUGGAUAUUGUAUGUGAAAAACAUUUUAAGGAGGAAGACAUUUCCCGCGAAUGGGUCAAGCACGACGCAAAUGGCAAAGUAAUUGCACGGGUCGCAUAUAAAAAAGCGCAGUUGAAGCAGUUUGCUGUGCCCACAAGAUUCGGUGACGUUCCGACAGAAAAGAAAAAUUGUGAGCCACAGCUUGAAUAUGCGAUGCAAGUUUCAAAUUCUCCAAGCAUUCAAGAAAUUAAUACUUUCGUCACUCAAACUGUUGACACAGACAUUGAAUUGUCGCUCUCUCCAAUGCAAGUAUUGAGUUGUGAACUUAUAGUAGCAGAUUCGUUUGUUCCUCAGAAGCCUGCCAAAGUGUCUUCAUCUCUAGAAAUAACCGAACUAAUACCAGAAAAUGCGAGCGCUAAUAAUGACUUUUCUGCCGUUAUACCGGAGAGAUGGAGUUGGGUCAAUAUGCCGAAUUAUGCUGAAAUUUCACAAUAUACGCUGUUUACAUAUUCGAUCAUGAAUUUCGAGAACGGCGUGUAUUGUCCAGUAACACAAAAAAGUGUUACACUUGACGCGGACGGAAAAUUAAAAUAUUUUAUUUAUGGUCGUCACAUUGAUACGCAAGAUAAGGAUCUCGAACGUGUUAUAAAGAAGAAAGAAAUGCUUAAGAAUAUACUAAGAAAAUUUCAAGAUAUGAACAUCUGCAGCGGCCAAAGUGACAUUAGUAUUUAUCUCAUACCAGCCGAUGGGGUAUAUCAAGAUUACGUCAAUAAAUGGAGAAGUAAAGGUUGCUCUCUGCUCUCGAAGCAGAAAACAUGCAAGUCCUGCAUAAAAUUGAGGAAAUGCAUAUUGCAACGGAAGGCACGGUUGAAGAGUCGUACGAUGAUUAAUCGGAUUAAUAACGCGUCAAACUCCGUUGAUCAAGGUAAAUUAUUAGCAAUGCGGAAAAAAAUUAGACGUGAAAAACGUCAGAAAUAUCGAGCUAAGAAUCACGUUGAACAUCUUAUUACGUGUAUGAAAGCACAAGAAGCACAAAUGACAAGCAUGCAAGACACGGCUGUCGAUAAAAAAUUAGGUGAGUUAGAGAACAUUUCAAUGUCCCAAAAAUUAGUUGUUAAAGAAAUCUUCGCCGCGGCAAGCAAAAAAGAUGCCAGAGGUCGACGUUACACUGAUGAUUGGAUCAUGUGCUUGCUUCUGAAUAUCCGAUCGCCAAAAGACUACGGAUUUUUGCGUAAAAACAAUAUCCUGCCACUUCCGUGCACAAAGACAAUACGCAAUUAUUUCUCUUUAAUUAAUAUAAAGUGUGGCUUUGAUGAAGAAUUUUCGAAACUUAUCGAAAAACAUUUUGCUUUAAAAACUCCAUUGCAACGUCACGGGAUCCUACUACUCGAUGAAAUAAAUUUAAGGAAGUCUGUGACAGUUUGUUCGAGAAAUUUAACUUAUGUAGGCUUAACGGACUUGGGCGAUGGCGGGCAACAAUCCACAGACAUAAAUGAACAGGCUACACAUGGUCUUGUCCUCAUGUUCCAGCCGCUUGCUGAUGUAUAUACACAGCCGAUUGCAGUGUUUGCUUCGAAAAAUUCCGUAAAAGGAGAAGAGCUCGCGAAAAUUGUCAUUAAAGCUAUUUGCUAUUUGGAACAAUGCGGAGCGAUGAUCCAUGGUGUUGUUGCCGACGGUGCUGCAACAAACACAAAAAUGUGUUCACUUUUGGGUGUCAGAGGAACUAUAGAAGAUACCAAAACGUGGUUCACUCACCCCUUGGACGACAAACGGAAAGUAUUUGUCUUUUCCGAUGUCUGCCACCUCGUCAAGAACGUCCGAAACCGGUUGUACAACAAAAGAAAAUUGCGGUUAAAAUCUACGAAUGGCUACGUUAGUUGGAAUUAUUUUGAAACGUUGUAUAAUAUCGAUAAAGAUCAUCCAGGGAAUGCACGAGCAUGUCCAAAAAUAACGCUCAGACAUGUUGUACUGGACAACACAUCGAAAAUGCGAGUCAGACUAGCUACUCAGAUAUUCAGCAACUCCGUGGCUGACGGGCUCGCGUUUUAUUUGUCACACGGGUGCGAAGGACUCAGCGGGUGCGAAGAAACAAUUUCUUUUUGUAAACGUAUGAAUGAUAUGUUUGACGCAAUGAAUCGCAAAUCGCCAAAUCAAGGACUCACGCCGCACUGUAAAGAUUUUAAGAUUUUAGAAGAUACAUUGCGGUGGUUAGAUGAAUGGGAAUUGGCAGUGUCAAAAACAGAUAUCACAGCAGAGGAAUUUCUUACUGUUGAAACUUCAAAAGGACUGAGAAUAUCUCUUCGAUCGACGAUGGACCUUUGCAAAUAUCUGAUUGACAAAUUCAAUUUUAAGUACCUGCUGACUGGAAAAGUUAAUCAGGAUAAUUUAGAGAAAUUUUUCGGCACUAUCCGUCAAUGCGCAGGAUGCAAUGAUCAUCCAAACUGCCCAACAUUUUUACAAUUAUACAAAUUACUGUCGGUGUAUAGUGUGAUCAAGCCUCCGAAAUACGGCAAUUGCACGGUUUCGUCCGAUUCGAGGCCGACAUUGAUCUCUAUCGACGAAAUCAAAGCAAUAUACGGCAAUAAACGCGAGGGCAAAAGUGCGGAAUCUAUGCGAACAAUUAAGACCAAACUAGACCAAGUAUUGCAAUCCGGCGAUUGGGAGGCAGACGAUAUCCUUGAUCCUCAUUCCGAACAUGAUUAUGCUCUUUCCCCUAUCCUUGAUUGCAUUAUCUACUACGUAACAGGUUUCGUAUUUUAAUCAAGUCUCCGCAAAAUGUAUAAUAUCUAAACAAAAACGUAGGUUCGUAUUAUACUCACGUUUGCUCUAUUGCACUAACAAUUGUAUAGCUUGUUAUCAUUCCCAGAUAGCACAAAAUAUUUAUAAAAUAUUUAUAAGGAAAAAAAUUUAUGAUAAAUAUUUUGUACAUAUUUUUAUGUCCGAAUUUGCCAGGUAUAA